AUGAAGCUAUAUCAUGUGGAGGAGACGCAACUAGCUCGCGCCCGCUCAAAACUGCUCUUGAUUUAUUACGGUAUAAAAGAUAUAUUGGGCAUGAUACUCACAAAAGAGAUUAAUUGUGAAGAAGCUGGUAGAGUCCUGCGCCCAAUUGAAGAUGAGCCUUACUACCAUGGUUUUUUGAGUAGAGAUGAAGUGGAGAAAAUAAUUAAGAAAGAAGGAGAAUUCCUUGUCAGAAAAACAGAGGUCGGUGGACGGCACUAUUUCGUCAUUAGCCUCAAGGACGAAGGGAUUAUGAAACAUUUCCUUAUAAAGCGUACCAGCAAGAAGCGACUCUACUGGGUGAACGACUACGCUUUCAAGACAGUCAGCGACUUAAUACAGUAUCAUCUAAGAAAUCGCGAACCAUUGAGCACAUCCGGGGUUUUCUUGGAGAAACCAUGUCCAAAAGAGGAAUGGCAGCUAAAUCCUGAGCAGGUUCGCAGUUGGCUGGUAUGGCGCGACUUCUAUUAUUAA